CGAAGAUCCAUUCAACUGGAUGGCCCGAGAGAGCCCGAUUCUCUGCUGCCAUCUCAUUUAUAAAAGCGCACCUCGGCUGUAACCCUGUAGAAUCCCUCUCUGUAAAGACCUGCGGCCCGAUUCCCUGCCGAUUAGCGACUCUCAGUUGAACUUCAAUUGCUUUUGCUUCUGCUUCUACUGGGUGAAGAUUGUCUUCUUCCUUCAUCGACGGCGCUGUAUUAAGGAGGUACGUAGUUGGUAUCUCUCCGCAUGAAAGCUUGUAAAAUAGCCAUUCACGCCUCUGGUUUCUGUUUUUUAUGAACUAACUGCUUUGUGCGUAUGAAGAAUGCCAGGAUCUUCUUUAUUCUGUUUCACGUUUUCUGGGUUCCUGCGUUUCGUAUCUGGGGGCUGCGGGUUUUGUUUGUUUGUUUGCAUUUGAGCUGGUAAAUGUCGGCUAUGGCGGUGAUGAACCAAUCAAUCGGAGCCCAGCCCAUGCAGCCCAUGCAGAGGGAGGAACCCUCCGUAUGUGGCCAGAAUGCAGGGUUUUGUUUGCCCGAUUGUGAAUGUUCUGAGUUUGCAAGCGGUUGGGAGUGUACAUUUGUGUUCAUUAUAUAUGCAGGAUUAUUUAGGGUUUGCAAAAGAAGAUGUUAGUGCUGUUUGAGACUCCGGCGGGCUUUGCCCUUUUCAAAGUCUUGGAUGAAGGGAAGCUAUCCAAAGUUGAGGACUUGUGGAAGGAGUUCUCGAACUCUGACACUGCAAGAAAGGUGGUGAAGCUGAAGGCCUUUGAUAAGUUUGACAACACGGCUGAUGCUUUGGAGGCAACAACCAAAAUCAUCGACGGCUCAACCACUAAAAGCCUGCGAAAAUUCCUGAAAACUCACUGUGAGGGCGAGAAAUUGGCUGUGGCUGACUCGAAGCUGGGAAAUGCAAUCAAGGAGAAAUUGAAAAUCGACUGUGUGCACAACAAUGGUGUCAUGGAGUUGAUGAGAGGCGUGAGGAGUCAGUUGGAAGAACUUAUAGGUGGUCUAGGGAGCCAAGAUUUAGCACCGAUGAGCCUCGGUUUGUCUCAUAGCUUGUCUAGAUACAAGCUGAAGUUUAGCCCUGACAAGGUCGAUACAAUGGUUGUUCAUGCUAUUGGCGUGCUUGACGACCUUGACAAGGAGCUUAACAGGCUUGCAAUGAGCCUCAGGGAAAUUUACGGUUGGCAUUUUCCAGAGCUCGCCAAGAUUGUUAAUGACAACGUUGUCUAUGCUAAAGCUGUGAAGUUGAUGGGUUUCCGUGAGAACGCUGCAAAACUUGAUUUCUCCGAGAUAUUACCUGAGGAGGUCGAGGAAGAAGUGAAGGAAGCAGCCAAGAUAUCGAUGGGGAGUGAAAUGGACGAAUAUGACAUGGCAAAUAUAAUGGAGCUCUGCAACAGGGCCUUGUCUCUAGCCGAAUACAGGCCUCAACUGUACGACUACCUGAAAAGUAGGAUGAACGCCGUUGCACCUAAUUUGACAGCUCUGGUUGGAGAGCUUGUUGGAGCUCGGCUGAUUGCCCAUGCAGGCAGCUUGAUGAAUCUCGCCAAGCAGGCAGGGAGCACUGUCCAGAUUCUCGGAGCAGAGAAGGCCCUAUUCAGAGCUCUAAAGACGAAGCACGCCACACCUAAAUACGGGCUGAUCUACCAUGCAUCCCUCGUUGGCCAAGCGGCACCUAAGCUGAAAGGGAAGAUUUCGAGGUCGCUUGCUGCUAAAGCUGCUCUUGCCAUUCGAUGUGAUGCUCUUGGAGAUGGCGGCCAAGAUAACUCCGUCGGACUAGAGAACCGUCUUAAGGUACAUUCUUACGUCAUCUUCCAUGCAAGUAAUUUCAGUUCUGAAUCUAGGAAGUACUGAUCAUAUGCGCUGAUUUCGCAGCUGGAAGCGAGGCUGAGGAGUCUCAAGGGCGAGGAAUUGGGACGUUCUGCUGGUUCAGUUAAGGGGAAGCCGAAGAUCGAAGUCUAUGAUAAGGAUAGAAAGAAGGGUGCAGCAGCUGGAAUGAUAACUCCUGCAAAGACCUAUAAUCCUUCUACUGAUGCUGUUCUCGAACAAACACCGAAAUCAGUUGGAGAGGAGACGGUCGAGAUGAAGACGAAGAUUGAUGAGGAAGCUCCUGCUACUGAAGAGAAGAAAGAAGAAGAAGAAAAAGAGCAAAGAUGUGGAAGCUACUGAAGUCACAAAUGGAGAUGCUGAUGGUAAUAAGAAGGAGAAGAAGAAAGCAGCUGAAGCUGGACAGACUGAUGCUGUUGAAGAUGGUGUGAAGAAGAAGAGUAAGAGGAAGCGGCCUUCUGAGUUGGAGGAGGAAGCAACAGAAACAGAGAGUCAUACUAGCAAGAGGAAAAAGAAGAAUCAAGUUAAAGAAUGAGUAAGAACUAAGAAUGUGUGGGACACUUUUUUUACGGAAAGUGCUCCUAGGAGAGGAAUAAUAUGGUUAUGUCAUUCGGAUGGUAAGUAGGACUAAUGAGUUUCAUUAGGGAGAUUUUUUGUGGUUUGAAAUCGCAUGAUCUGCUUGAAGGGUUUUUUCAUUUUAUUUUAUUGGUGGGUGAUAAAGGACCUAUAUUAUUAGAAUACUAAUCAA